GUUGGGUGGCCCCUGGAGGCGGACGCCGACCGGACCCGGGCGGAGCCGAAGCCCGGCGGCUAGGCUAGACUCGACGCGCCGGGAGGAGCCGGCCGGCGGCACGUGACCGACCGCGGAGGCCGCGGCCCAGAAAUAGCCGCGGCGACAGUUCCGCCCCGCGGCGGGCGAGCCAGAGCCCUGGGAGACGGCAGGACGCAGGCUGGGCCCGGUGCGGCCCGGACGAUGCUGCUGAGCCCCGGCCCGGCCCGGCCCAGAGCACAUGAUGGCGAUACGGGAGCUCAAAGUGUGUCUUCUCGGGGACACGGGUGUCGGGAAAUCAAGCAUUGUGUGUCGGUUUGUCCAGGACCACUUUGACCACAACAUUAGCCCCACCAUUGGGGCAUCUUUUAUGACCAAAACUGUGCCUUGUGGAAAUGAACUUCACAAAUUCCUCAUCUGGGACACUGCUGGCCAGGAGCGGUUCCACUCGCUGGCGCCCAUGUACUACCGAGGAUCGGCCGCAGCCGUCAUAGUGUAUGACAUCACCAAGCAGGAUUCAUUUCACACCCUGAAAAAAUGGGUUAAGGAGCUGAAAGAGCACGGCCCAGAAAACAUUGUGAUGGCGAUCGCUGGGAAUAAGUGUGACCUCUCAGAUAUUAGGGAGGUGCCUCUGAAGGAUGCGAAGGAGUAUGCUGAAUCCAUAGGUGCCAUCGUGGUGGAGACAAGCGCGAAGAAUGCCAUUAAUAUCGAGGAGCUCUUUCAAGGAAUCAGCCGCCAGAUCCCACCGUUGGACCCCCAUGAGAAUGGAAACAGCGGAGGGAUCAGGCUCGGGACCCAGAGCUUGCAGGCCGGCCGGCGGUGCUGCUGACCUGAGGGCCUUGGCAUCCGGAGCACAAAGGGAGAAGCCGGAGCCCUCUCCAGGGAUGCUCACAGAAGGACCCUACCCUCGGGGACUGGGACUGCCUGCCUGCUGGAGAGAGAGUCAGCACCAUUGCACGCUGGGAGACCAGCAGGGUGCUGAGCUGACACGUUCCCUAAAAAGAGGGUACAGAAAACUCGGGAAAACUCACCUCACCACCGCAACAUGGCUUAUGAGACCACACGGCAGGGGGUUUACUUACUAGGCAAUAGGUGCAGUUGCCAUUUUUGUUAAAGAAAUUUCUAGAUUUGUUCACAAACCUUGGCGUGCUGCUCUCCCCUGACUUCCCAGUCACCUAGUUUAGAUUACAGUAACUUCUCUGGGCCCAGGGCCACCUUCUCUGGACAGCUCACCGAAAGACAAUAUAUAGAAGGUUGGCUUUUAGCUGGCUUUGGGAGAAAGCCUUUGUGGGUUUUCUGAGGGAAAUCAGAGAAGUACAGCUGGUCAUUUGAACUGAGAAUUGAUCUUCUGCAAAAGAGACAAAAGUUGUAUUAGAAUUUGCCAUCUGUGUGUCCUUUUUUAUGUAACUGAUGAACUUUUUUCUAAGGCAUAGUCAUACAUAAACCAGCCAAGUCAGAUUAGAGCUUGACGUAUCCUUUUGGGGAUGGGAGGCCCGGUUUAAAAAGAGUUAUGUAGUUGGUAUGUAAGCAGUGGUAGGUGGGGGAUAUAAAUAGCAUCCCCGGUACCACCCAGCUUGUGUCCUCUCCUCUGUAAUGAGUUUCUGCUCUUGGAGAUGAUUAAUCCACAGAACAUUGUUUUACUAGGAGACUAUGUUGUAGAGUCACGUCUAAGGGAAAAAUCUAAUCAGAGGAUGUUGAGUCUACAUUGUAGGGCAAACUUCUAUUAAUAGCAGCUAACCAUGGCUGUAGCAGGACAUCCAGAGGAAUGUUAUCACCUUAAAACUCUGCACCCCCUGAAGGUAUAAAAAUCAGAAUUACUUUAAUAGUAGCCAGCCUUGGAAAGAAAGGCCGUCAAGCAGACAGAGUCAGGUUCCUGUCACGGACAGUCAAGCAGACAGAGUCAGGUUCCUGUCACGGACAGGAACAUGUGUACAUCCAUGUGGGUUCUUCCUGCUUCUCCCAACUUGGGAGUUAAUUGAAUCUUAGAAUACGCAGGAUGGAAAAUCCUUGUCUUGAUUCAAGAGUGUCCCCCAGUGUCCCAUAACAGGCACCUCAAGCACUGUUAGCACAUGGCAUCUGUGUGUCAUGACAGGGCCUUCUCAAGGACGGUGAGUGCCUGUCCCAUGUUGCCAAUGUCACUGGCUGACAGGACCUCCAUGCUGACAAAGACGUUGGUCCACUCACUACAGGUCAAAGAAACAAAAAACUAAUCGGGUUGAAGCAGAAAUGGCCCCUCUCCAGGUAGUACCAAACUUAUGCUUGAACCUCCCCUGUUUUAGGGAACCUUCCUGAGGGGAGCUUGCAUUUGUCUAGCUGGCUGUCUAGAUUUCCAAGCUGAGACAGUACUUUCCCCAGAAGAGAAUGUCAUGGCUUUGGAUGGGGUUUGCAGUGACUCAAUUUUGCAUGCACUGUCUGGGCUUUCCCUGACGGAGGCGGGCCACUCUGGGUGUGUUGAGAAGCACAUGAGGGAACGGAACCUUGCUUUUCCUGGGCUGCCUUGCCAUUGGUGUCAAAGCCAGGCAGAGGGCAAGUCUACAUGUGUGUCCCCACCAUGAACAAAGACAGUAUGUGGCCUUGGGCACACAAAUAUUCAUGCCAUCUCGGGCCUUCUCUGCAGACAGAUGCUGUAGCCUUUGGUGCCUUUCUCCCCUUGGCUUGGGAUUACUUCCGGGCUGUUUUAUCAAUUGACCUUUAGUCACAGAAAAGCAUGUAAAGACCUAGAAAUUACAACUGUUCCAGAUAUAGGCUAUAUUUUCCUUAUCGUCGUUGCCAAAAUUCCCUUCCCAACCCUUCCCAACAUGCAGCAGGUUUGUCUAUGUGUAAAUAUAAUUGAUGUUGGCUACACCUACAUGUAAUCCAUUUCAGAGUGGCUGGGUUUGCCUCAUGACCUUGUGUCUGUGAGGCACGUGUUGUCAAAGGGAUUCUUUCCCAGUAGAAAUCCCUAAGGAUAGUGCUAGAGUUGCGUAAAUGUUUUACAUAGGUACAGAAUCGACUUGCCAUUUUUUUAGUAGAAAAUGGUACAUUAAGGUACUGACUAUGAUGUCACCGUGCAGACCAACCUGCAUUCUCGCCAACAGUAAGGGCUGUGCCCCAGUGGGAAUCCCGCUCUCUCCUGAGGGAGGUUGGGAGGAUUGAAACGCUCCCUCUGGCCUUAAGGACUGUGGUCUGUGUAGGCAUCCCUCCUUGCUCCUCUGCGGUGCUCAGGGCAGGGGGUAAGAAGCCAGCCUCAGCCAAGAGCUCUGGCUGUGUUCAGACCUGCUCAUGCCUUUCACCACCGUGUGACGCCCAGUGACCCGGCAGUCACGCCGUCACACCGACUGUCCCCCUUUCUGGUGUCUUUGUAAAGGGUUUCCGCUUGGGCUGGACCCAGGUUUUGCACCUAGACGACCCCCUCCCCAGACACCUAGAACCUUCCCAUCUCUCACCCCGCUCUAUGGCGAAGCAUUUCCCUAGUGCUCAUUUGUAUCCAUUGCUUUUGACUUUAACCCAUACUAAUAAAUAUUUUAAGUUUUA